GUACAAAAACCCGCCCGGAACCGACUCCGACUCCGACUCCAACUACCCCUAUCCCCACCGCGAACCGCCGGAGGAAUCUCUGGCGAUGGCGCCGCCACCCGCUACGGUUGCCGCCGUCCGCCACCACAGCCCGCACCUGCUCCUCCGCCGCGGCGGCGGGGGUCUCCUCCCACCACCUCCGGCCCCCGCCACGCUCCCCUUCGCCACGCGGGGUGUGGCCUCCGCGCCGGCGCGCCUGCGCCUGCCGCCGCCACGGUUCUCGCUCUCCCCUGUCCCGAAGAGCCUCUCCGCCUCCUCCUCCUCUCACGUCCCCGUGCGCUCCCUCUUCACCGGCAUCGUCGAGGAGGUUGGCCGCGUGCGCCGCCUGGGCCCGCCGCUCGCGCCGUCGUCUGGCGGCGGCGGUGGCGAGGCUCCCGGGCUUGACCUGGAGGUCGAGACCAGGGACCUCCUCACCGGGACGCAGCUCGGCGACAGCGUGGCGGUGGACGGCACCUGCCUCACCGUGGCGGCGAUCGACCCGGCCGCGUCCACGCUCACCUUCGGCGUGGCGCCGGAGACGCUCCGCCGGACGUCCCUGGGCGGGCGGGCCCCCGGCGACGGCGUCAACCUCGAGCGCGCGCUCACGCCGUCGUCACGCAUGGGGGGCCACUUCGUGCAGGGCCACGUCGACGGGACCGGGGAGAUCGCCGCGUUCCGGCCCGACGGGGACUCGCUCUGGGUCACCGUGCGCGCGCCGCCGGAGAUCCUCCGCCUCCUCGUGCCCAAGGGCUUCGUCGCCGUCGAUGGCACUAGCCUAACCGUUGUCAGCGUGGACGACGAGGGCGGGUGGUUUGACUUCAUGCUCGUCAGGUACACGCAGGACAACAUCGUGCUGCCCACCAAGAAGGUCGGAGACAAGGUGAAUCUGGAGGCGGAUAUACUGGGGAAGUACGUCGAGAAGCUCCUCGCCGGGAGGGUUGAGGCCAUGGCUAAGGUUGGCUCGUGAUCGACCAUUGCUGAGAUGCUGGAUUGCUCGUCAUUCUAUAGGGGUUAAGAAAGGCUUGGAUUCAAUGCCUAUACCCGGGGCUCAGCUAGGGUCCCUAUGAUGGAGAUGUCACUUAACGAAUUUUAUGCAUGAGCUUUUUGUUAUGAUGUUUGGAAGUGCUCAAUUGCUUGCUGCAGCCUGCAGCUGCAAUAUGGAUUCUUGAAGAAUUUUUGUUAUGAUAUUUGUAGAUGUUCAUUUGGUUGCUGCAGCCUGCAAAUUCAAAAUGCUAUUCUGGUGCACUUACCCCCUCUACUGUAUGAGACCUGAGAUUUGUGAUUGGAACAAUAGGAAUAUAAGGCUUAGCACCAUGGUAACACUCCUUUGUUGUAGUUGGCUGUGUAAAACCUUUUCCUUGAGUACACAGAAUAAAGUCGGUGUUGAUAGUAGUCACAACUCCUUUUGGGAUAAGAUGGAACUUACUGGCAUUGGAUUGGAGAUCGCUGGGUAACAUCUUGUGUUUGGGUUACUUCAAAUCUUACAGUA